AUGAAUAAAUUGUUUGAAAUGCGUGAAAGGCUGGAAUGCAACAAAACAAUUGACAAAGUAGCAUAUGAGCAAUUUAAAAAAGAAAGAGAUUAUUGGAAAGAAGUCAUUUUUAGGAUUAUUGUACUUGUGAAAUUUCUUGCUAAACAUGGUUUAGCAUUUCGCGGAUCAAAUGAGAAGUUGUAUCAACAUAGCAAUGGAAACUUUUUGGGAUUGGUUGAGAUGUUGGAAGAGUUUGACCCGAUUAUGAAAGAGCAUGUGCGACGUAUCAUGAGUGAUGAACUCCAUGUACAUUAUCUUGGGCACAAUAUCCAAAACGAGUUAAUACAAUUACUUUCUCAUCACGUUAAAACAGAAAUCAUCAAAAAGAUAAAACAAGCAAAGUAUUACUUCAUAAUACUCGAUUGCACCCCCGAUACAAGGUUUUUGGUUGUUGAUGAUACUACCGGUAAAGGACUUUUUGAAGUUACAUCUAAGAAAUUAGAGUCUCUAGGUCUUGAUAUCAAUGAUAUGCGUGGUCAAGGCUAUGAGAAUGGAGCAAACAUGAAGGGAAAACAUAGUUGA